UGUACAACUCUGCCAUUGGCGUUUCAUCCGCCAUAACAACCAUAGAAGAAGAGAAAGAAAAGACUGCGCAUGUCCGUGGCAGCACUUGUGGAUUUGUUUACAUCUCUCUUUCCAAUAUAAAUGUGCGUUUACUUUUGGCCUGCGUGACUUGUGUCAGUUAAAGGUCGCACAUGAUGACCACUGAGCCUGCCAGCCUGGAGAGCCUGCACGUGCUGUACCAGAGCGAUGACUACAUCGUGGUCGACAAGCACUGGGACAUCCGCAUCGACAGCAAGAUGUGGUAUGAGAAACAAACCGUGCAGGCGCAACUUCGUCACCACUUCCCUCACCUGGCAGAUCCCAGCACCUACUAUGGAUUCAGGUUCUGUCAUCAGUUGGAUUUCUCCACAAGUGGGGCUCUUUGUGUCGCCCUCAAUAAGGCUGCAGCUGGCCGGGCGUACCGCUGCUUCAAGGACCGCACCGUCACCAAGGCGUACCUAGCCCUGGUACGUGGCUGGGUAGAAAAAGAGAAACAAACUUUGGACUUCUCCAUUGGCAAGAACUCUUCAGAGGGAAAAACACAUAUGAUGUGUGUUGAGGGAACAGAAGGUUGUGAGAACCCCAAGCCUUGCCAGACUGAGCUGAUGGUGUUGGAGUAUGGGUUGUAUGAUGGGGACCCUGUCACCAAGGUGCUGCUGCAGCCACUCACUGGCCGCACCCACCAGUUGAGAGUCCACUGCAGUGCGAUAGGCCACCCCAUCGUUGGGGACUUCACCUACAGCUCGGGAGCGGACGACGCCCCUUACCGCAUGAUGCUGCACGCCCACCUCCUCCAGAUUCCCCUGGAACCUCAGCCCCUGCUCGUCUCAGCCGGAGACCCCUUUCUCCCAACUGAGGAUCCCAAGUGGCUUCCUCAGCGCUCGUUACGGACGCUUGCGGCCACUGUGGACGCCCUGCUGGAGCGCAGGGCAGAGGAGGACAGGAAGAUCAAAGAGGAGCAGAGGGAGAGGGUGAGAAAGAAGGAGGAGAGGAGGAAAGGAAGGACAGUGGAGGAGAGUGAGGAGCAGAGGAGGCAGUGUCAGGAUUGGCUGAGUGAAUGGGCUGGAGACUAAUGUAUUAAUCAUAUUUAAUUUAUUUAUUUAUUUUAGCUGUUUAUUUAUGGAAGCCACGUUGAGCACGCUUCAUCUCACUGACCACCGCUGCAUUUAACUGCAUCUCAAUGGCAUACAUGGAGGUGAACCAGUAUCCUAAUUCACUCAUAAACCACUUGCCAACAUGUCAGAGAAGACUUGGUUAAGCAUGUGAGCUGCUGCUCUCUUAAACAAUCUGUACAACUGGUAGCUGCCAACUAUAACCAGUGCUUACUGAGCAGUUUUAUUGUUGUCAUUGUGAGAAAAGUGCCUUGCUCCAAGUUUAUGUUCGUAAGUGAGAUCCUGGGUAGAUGCCAUUGAUUUUUCUAACACACAUUCCACUCUCAAAUAAAGUUGGCGGUGUUUGUCAUACGCCUAUAAUAUAUAUGGUCUGAUGACUUCACCAUGUGGUUGUGACGUACAUGGAACCCCCGUGUAAAAGCAAAUAACAAUAUGCACUGUAUGUGUCUUUGCAACUGAACUGUGUCUAUAAGAUGAUUUUAUUUUCAUUUUUAUGUCAGACUGUUCAAUAAAUAAAGCUUUUAUGUCAAUGUAAAAUAAAUGUCCUCAAAUGAA